AUGAAAAUUCGUAUGCAUGAAAUCGGACCCAACGAUAUCACAAGGAAGAAUUUUGCAUGCAACUCGGAGGGUCCGAGUUCCACUCCAAGCAGAUACAAACGCAAAGAAAUCGGACCGUGGGUUUUGCUUCCACUCCAAGCAGAUACAAACGCAAAGAAAUCGGACCAUUUGGACUGGAACCCUUCAGGCACAUCCAUGACAGUGGGGCUUUCUGAUGGCUCUGUAUCCAUUGUUUUUUUCCUUGAAUCCAAGUUGGAAAUACAAGAAGAAUGGAAGGCACAUGACUUUGAACUCUGGACAACCGCAUUUGAUAUCCACCAACCAAAUUUGGUAUAUACUGGCUCUGAUGAUUGUAAAUUCAGUUGUUGGGAUUUAAGGGAUGGUCCUUCCAGUCUGGUAUUUCAGAAUUCCAAAGCUCACAAAAUGGGUGUUUGUUGCAUUCAAAAGAGUUCUCAUGAUCCAAAUAGCUUAGUAACCGGUAGCUACGACGAAACCUUGAGGCUAUGGGACUUGAGAACAAUCUCAAAACCUGUUAAUGAGACUUCAAUUGGCUUAGGGGGAGGAGUUUGGAGGGUGAAGCACCAUCCCUAG